UUGCUUCAGUAUUUUUUCUUUAGCUUUUUUUUUCAUAAAAAAUGGAAAUGUUUGUUCGGCUUUAAAGCUUGCUUUAGAUAUUUUUGUUAGUUUCAGCUUUUUAUAUUGUUGGAUUUUUAAAAGAUUUUUAAACAGUUUUGAUCCACUUUUUUUGAGGGUUUUUUUGUUUCAAGUUUUGAAAGGAUUUUUACCGCACUGGUCUCUUCUAGUUUUUUCUCUCUCUCUCUCUCUCUCUCUCUCUCUCUCUCUCUCUGUGUGUGUGUGUGUUGAUGAUGAGUGUGUCGGUUCCUGCGGCUCUGCCGGACCUGCUGAAGAGCUUCACGGUGGAGGUUCUGAAGCAGCAGCCGGAGAACCUGCUGGACUUCGCUGUUCUGUAUUUCACUGAGCUGAGAGACGAGCGUGAGGGGAAAACGAGUGCAGUGACCGAGAGCAGACCUGCACUGAGGAGAGGAGACGAGUCUGAUGAAGAUGACAGGGAACACAUAAUCACAUGUGAUGAAGAGGAGGAUGAGGAGGAAGAGGAGGAAGAUGAUUUUCCUGAUGAUUUCACGUUUAAACCUCCACCCACGUCCAAGCACAGCCGCAGAGUAUCAGUGUGUGCUGAGCCUUACAACCCAGAUGAGGAUGAUGAUGACGACUCUGAUCUGAAGAUCGUUCACCCUAAAACUGAUCAGCAGCGCUGCAGACUGCAGGAAGCCUGCAAGGACAUACUGCUGUUCAAAACUCUGGAAGAGGAACAGUUCUCUGAGGUGUUGGACGCCAUGUUUGAGGUGCUGGUGAAGCCAAACGAGCACAUCAUAGACCAGGGAGACGACGGAGACAAUUUCUACGUCAUCGAGAGAGGAGUGUAUGAUAUCCAUGUGGAGAAAGACGGUGUGAGUCGCUGUGUGGGGAAAUACGAUAAUAAAGGCAGUUUUGGUGAGUUGGCGCUCAUGUACAACACUCCACGCGCUGCGACCAUCAUCGCCGUCCAGCCGGGGGCGCUGUGGGCUCUGGACAGGGAGACGUUUCACAGACUGAUUGUGAAAAAUAACGCCAAGAAGAGGAGAACGUACGAGGCCUUCAUCGAGUGUGUGCCUCUACUGAAAUCUCUCGAGUUAUCAGAGCGGAUGAAGAUGGUCGACGUUUUAGGAGCAAAAACCUUCAAAGAUGGAGAACAGAUCAUUAAACAGGGCGACGCGGCUGAUUGUUUCUACAUCGUGGAGUCUGGAGUUGUGAAGAUCAUGAUCAAGAGAAAAGCUAAAGCAGGUCGUCCGAGGAGCGGGGAUGAGGAUGAGGAGGUGGAGGUGGAGGUGGAGGUCUCCCGCUGUGUUCGGGGUCAGUACUUUGGAGAACUGGCGCUCGUCACGAACAAACCUCGAGCUGCGUCCGUUUACGCUGUGGGAGAAACUAAAUGUUUAGUGAUCGACGUCCAGGCGUUCGAGCGUCUGCUGGGUCCCUGCAAAGAGAUCAUGAAGAGGAACAUUGCUUUGUACCAUGAGCAGUUGGUCGCGCUGUUCGGCUCCAGCGAGGAUCUGAAACGCUGAGUAACUUCAUCCACGUUCCGCUGUUUAUCAUCCACAGUUCUUGCCCUUUGCUGAAUCCACUUGGCCGCAUUAAAGGGCCUUUCUUUUCCUCAAGGUAAACUUUAGGAGUACAAAUUACCCAGAAUACAUUGAGUUACAAUGAUGAAGCUAAUAUGCUGCGCUUAUAGCCGUGAAAGUGUGUUUUACUCCAAAUGUAAACGAGCAAUUAAAUACUCAGUAUUUCAGAACUAUA